AGCCCGGGCACGCCUGCACAACUGGCCGUGCCUUGGGGCGGGAGGCACUAGCAACGUAGGCAACGCAGGGAAAUGGCUGAGUACUUGCGACUGCCCCACUCCCUGGCGCUGAUCCGCCUCCGAAACCCGCCGGUCAACGCGAUCAGUUUGGCUGUACUCAAUGGAAUAAAAGAGGGACUAAAGAAAGCCAUAUCCGACCAUACAGUAAAAGCCAUUGUGAUAUCUGGAGAAAAUGGAAUAUUCAGUGCAGGUGUGGAUAUCCGCAGCUUCAGCACUCCUGGAUUCUCUGGCGUUGAUUUGGGAAGUUUAGUAGAUGAAAUACAGAGAUACCAGAAGCCAGUGGUAGCUGCUAUCCAAAGUGUGGCCUUAGGAGGGGGACUGGAGCUGGCCUUGGGCUCUCACUAUAGGAUUGCUCACGCAAAGGCUCAUGUUGGCUUCCCAGAAGUCACACUAGGAAUUCUUCCUGGUGCGAGAGGAACCCAGCUUCUCCCCAGACUCAUUGGAAUUCCUGCUGCACUUGACUUAAUUACAUCAGGGAGACACAUUUUGGCGGAUGAAGCACUUAAGCUGGGCAUUCUGGAUGAAGUUGUGGAUUCAGAUCCAGUAGAAGCAGCAAUCAAAUUUGCCCUGAGAAUUUUAGAUCAACCUUUAGAAUCCCGCAGAAUCUUGAACAAGCCAGUGCCAAGCUUGCCCAACAUGGACACCAUUUUCAGGGAAGCCUUUGCAAAGAUGCAGAAGCAGUACCCUGGGUGCCUGGCUCCGGAGACUUGUGUCCGUGCAGUCCAGGCCUCUGUGAAGUAUCCCUAUGAAGUGGGCAUCAAGGAGGAAGCGGAGCUGUUUAUGUACCUUCAGGGAUCAGGGCAGGCUAGAGCCCUGCAAUAUGCUUUCUUUGCUGAAAAGAAUGCAAGUAAAUGGUCCACUCCCUCUGGGGCCUCAUGGAAAACAGCAUCAGCACGACCCAUCUCCUCCGUUGGUGUCCUUGGCUUGGGAACCAUGGGCCGAAGCAUUGUCAUUACUUUUCUAAGGGCGAAAAUUCCUGUGGUUGCUGUAGAAGUAGAUCAAAAGCAGCUCAAAACUGCAAAGAAGAUAAUAACUUCCAGCUUGGAAAAGGCAGCAUCCGAAAUGCCACAGAAUGACCAGCCUUGGUCAGGACCAAAACUCAGGUUCAGUUCAUCUAUGAAGGAGCUUGCUAGCGUAGACUUAGUUGUCGAAGCAGUAUUUGAGGAUAUGAAGCUGAAGAAACGAGUCUUUGCUGAACUGUCAGCUGUGUGCAAGCCAGAAGCAUUUUUGUGCACCAAUACUUCAGCCCUGGACGUGGAUGAAUUUGCUUCUUCCACGGAUCGGCCGCAUUUGGUUAUUGGCAUGCACUUCUUCACACCAGCUCAUGUAAAGAAGUUGUUAGAGAUUAUUCCUAGCCGACAUUCUUCCCCCACCACCAUUGCCACUGUUAUGAACUUAGCCAAAAAGAUUAAGAAGAUUGGCGUAGUCGUAGGCAACUGCCAUGGCUUUGUUGGUAAUCGAAUGCUAGUCCCUUAUUUUGACCAGACAUAUUUCUUGUUAGAAGAAGGUAGCAAGCCAGAGGAGAUAGAUCAGGUGCUGGAGGAGUUUGGUUUUAAAAUGGGACCCUUUCGAGGGUCUGACCUUGCUGGGUUGGAUGUGGGUUGGAAAGUUCGCCAGGAUCAAGGUCUUACUGGACCCACAUUGCCUCCUGGUACUCCUGUCCGAAAGCGGGGUACUAGAAGAUACUGCCCGAUUCCUGAUAUGCUCUGUGAAUCAGGACGCUAUGGGCAGAAGACAGGGCGGGGGUGGUUUCAGUAUGACAAGCCAUUGGGAAGGAUUCACAAACCUGAUCCCUGGCUUUCCAAAUUUCUGUCACAGUACAGAGAAACCCAUCAUAUUGAACCCCGUGUCAUUAGCAAGGAUGAGAUCCUUGAGCGCUGCUUGUAUGCACUCAUCAAUGAAGGGUUCCGUAUUUUGGGAGAAGGGAUGGCUGCUGGCCCAGAGCACAUUGAUGCCAUCUACUUGAAUGGGUGUAGCUGGCCAAGGCACAAGGGUGGGCCCAUGUUCUAUGCUUCCACAAUUGGGUUGCCCACAGUUCUGGAGACGUUGCAGAAGUACUACAGGCAGAAUCCUGAUAUUCCCCACCUGGAGCCCAGUGACUACCUAAAAAAGCUGGCUUCCCAGGGAAACCCUCCUCUGAAAGAAUGGCAAAGCUUAGCAGGGCCCCCCAGCAGUAAAUUGUGACUCAGUCUUCCAUGCUGUGCCUCCCAUGCUGGCAUCGGGUAAAACUCACUGGAUUUCAAUAAAGUUAAUUCCAAGAAUACAGAGUAAGAGUACUCUGAAAUGCAAAGCAAAGGAAGAAAUUGGUUACUUAAACCUUCCUUUUGGUGUUUUUUCUUCUUGAUUCUAAUGAAGGAAAUCUUUAUGAAAGUGCUUUCUAUGCCUCUGAAUGUGUUCCUUUCAGAUAAAUUUAGUGAAUGAAGUUGUGUAAAUAUAAUUCUACAAUAGCUGAUGAGAGAGCCUUAGGAAUACGUUGAGGUUCCCAAGUGCUUUGAUUGUUGGAGCAAUGUUCAACAUUUAAUAAAAUAUAAAUGCAGCUAAGUUCGUAAACUUCUUUUGUCUUGGGCUGGGGAUAUAGCUCAGUUGGUAGAGUGCUUGCCUCACAUGCACAAGGCCCUGGGUUCAAUCCCCAGCAUCACACAUACACAAAAAAAUUUCUUUUGUCUUUUUAACCUCACAUACGUAUUCUUGAUUGCAAAUCCUAUAGGUCAUACAUGCCCACACAGUCACUGAGCACCCCCUGAGUUUCUUGCACCACUUGAAAGCACAUGGCAGACCUAGAGCCCAGAGGGUAUUAAACUAGUAUAGAAGCCUGCGUUGCUGUUGGGUCCAUACUUUCAGAGAUGGAGAUCAUUGGCAGGGUAGAGUCUGCAGUGAGGGUCUCUAUGGGCGGGGGGCAUGGAACACUGCCUAAGGACAAGCAGAUUAGUAGCAAGAAAGAAGGCCCAUCAGAGUUGGAAAUUGGUGAGGGCUCCAAGUAUUUGAGACCCAAACAGGGCACUCCAGGGCAGCUUGGCAAGUCAUGCUCAUGAGAUCAGUUCUGUCCAAGGCUCAGUCUCCUGUGCUUGCUGCUUGCAAGCGGCUCAGUGAUAUUUGUUGUUUAUUCCCUAGGACACAGAACAUCUGCAACAUGGUCUUUAUGGUCUUUUCUAUUCAAGGAGAAGUAAUAGAAAGACUAAGUUGUUCCCUUAGUUUAAGAAGGGAUCUUAGUGAACAUCUAACGUUUGAGGAUUUCUUAAUUUAAAAAAAAAUUUUGUAGUUGUAGAUGGACAGAAUGCCUUUAUUUGUAUAUUUUUUAAUGUGGUACUAAGGAUCAAACCCAGUGCCUCACACAUGCUAGGCAAGCACUGUGCCACUGAGCUCCAGCUCUAGCUCCAAGGAUUUCUUAGUUCUUAAGCAGUGUAACAAUGCCAGUUUCCCUGUCAAGACAAGGACCUAUGAAUAUGCAUUUGGAAAUGGUUGAAAAAUCUAAAAUUAUGGCAAAGUAGAUCAUGUAUAGUUUUGUUAUUGCUAUUAAUAUCCUUCUCUUUUUGACUUUCUGACUUGUGUUGUUCAAAGUUAAGCACUGUGCAACAGAAAAACUUGUCAGAAUUACACAGACAAAAACUCGAAACAGCCCAAAUGUCCACUAACCAAAUGUCAGCUAACAAAUGUGGUCUGUUCAUACAGUCAGCUAUUACUCACAAAAAGAAAUGAAGUCCUGGGCUGAGGUUGUGGCUCAGAGGUAGAACAUUCGCCUAGCAUGUGUGAGGCACUGGGUUCGAUCCUCAGAACAACAUUAAAAUAAAAUAAAGAUAUUGUGUCCACUUACAACUAAAAAAUAAAUGUUUUUUAAAAAAGAAAGAAAUGAAGUCCAGAUAUCUGCUACAGCAUGAGGAACCUUGAAUAUACCAGGCUGAGUGAAAGAAGGCAGUCACAAAAGACCAUAUGUUAUAUAGACAUUAAAGGGAAUGUCCAGGGUAAACAAAUAGAGACAGAAAUAGAGGUUUCCCAAGACUGGAAUUUUUGUUUAGUAGAUACUGGGGAUUGACUGCUAAUGGGUACAUAAUUUCCUUUGGGUUUUAUGAAAAUGUUCUAAAGUGAUUGAAUUGUGAUGGCAGUGGUAUAAAUCUGAGUAAACUAAAAAAUUGUUGAGUUGUGUAAUUUAUAGGGAUGAAUUAUUGGAUAUGUGAAUUAUAUCUCAAUAAAGUUAUUAAUAAAUGGUGGGAAA